AAGAUUACAUCAUUUGAUUGGUAGUACCGCUUGAACUGAUGUUACAACACAGUUCCGUAAAAAACAACCACAUCCUCAUUCAGAGUAUCUGCAAAAGUGGCAAAAACAGCACCUCCAGAAAGGACUGACACUGCAGGAAUAUUGAACCCGAACUUCAACUGAGCAGCCCAACUGAGCACAGCUUUAUCUACAGUGUGAACACAUCGGGCUCAGUGUGUGUUAGCAAGUGAACACACCGGGGCCCCUUCAUGGCCAGCAGCAGCAGCACGGUGAACUAUCGAAUCCGAGUGUACCAGGACUCAGAUUACCAGAGUGUGCGGGACCUGUAUGUCAGUGGAGUACGCCAGCAUUUCUCCAGGGUGUGUUGCUAUGUCCUGAAGCAGCCUGUGAUCCAGGCCAGUGUGGUUGUGAGCUUGUGCUUGCUGUUAGUGCUCUCCAGAUCCUUGCUGCUGUCUCUCUGCAUGCUGGCCCUGCUGUUGGUCCUGGGCCGUCUGUUCCUCAAGAGUUUGUGGAACCUCCUGAUUAAUCAGAACCUGAGGUCCGACCUGUUGGAUAUCGGAGCAUCAUACAGCAAGCAGCCUGGUGCCCGUUUCUGGGUGGCACAGUGGGAUGAUGCUGUGAUCGGGACAGUGGGAGCUGCUCCAUCUGACAACUCAUCCACCGACCUCGAGCUGAAACGACUGAACGUGCACCAGGAGUACCGCGGCCGGGGCAUUGCCAAGGACCUGUGCCACACUGUCCAUGAGUUUGCUCGUCUCUCUGGCUUCACUGGCAUUGUGCUUGGGACAUCUGUCAUUCAGACAGAGGCACAGCAGCUCUAUCGCAAGCUGGGCUAUAGGCUGGUGGGAACAACCCUAGUGCCACAUGCCUUUGCUAAACUCAUCAACUACACCAUCUACAAAUACCGCUAUCAGCUCACCACCAGCCCUCUACUCUGGCAAACUGAGGAAUGAUUACUGUAAGAGCGACAAGCAAUCUGUCCGAGUGCAGGAACUCACCCUGUUAGGACAGGGUAGAACAAACAGACUCUGUAACCAGGGCACAGGACAGAUAAACAAAUAAACAUGGUUAAAAUGCCGGGACAGAUCUUGUUAAAGAAAACAGAUAGAUCAUCAUCUUCAUUAAACCGAAGAGGUGAUAACCAUGUUCAUUAUAUGUGAUUUGAUUAAUUACUGUCACGUGUACUACGAUACAGUGAAAUUUGUUGUCUUACAUGCUUUACAGGCAGAUUGUACUAUACAAGUGCAUUAGGGUAACAGAACAGAGUGCAGGAUAUAACGUUACAGCUGCCGAGAACGUGCACAGACAGAUAGAACAUUGUUAGUAAUUUUGACAGACUUGGAAUUGAGUUUUUAAACAGCAGACAAGUCAGGAUUCACCAUUCUCUAACAACAUUUUUUUUGUGGAGAGACCAAGAAUACAGGAGCAGAGUUUACAGCAGAUUGAGGCUGUUCCAUCAUACACAUGAUCAGGGCUAAUCCUAGACAACUCCAGCUUCAUUUUCCCAUCCCUCUCCAUGUCCCUCAAUUCCCUGGAAGAUCAAGAGUCUUUUAAUUGAAGCCCCAGACAACUGACUAAGUUAAUUCCAAAAUUCUCAAGCCUUCAGAGUUUUCUAUGUUCAAAUGAGAUCACCUUUCAUCGUUCUAAACUCCUGAGUGUAGGGUAACCUUAUUCAGCCCUGCACCAUACGGUGAGCUCCCCAUCAUAGGAUCCAGUUUAAAUGAACAUCUUCUUUAACAUCUUCAAUUCAAGUCUUUACUUUUCUUAGAAGUGGAGAUCAAAAUGUUCCAAAUGUGAUCUUACCAAAAUCCUGAAAACUAUCGUUGUUCCAAGAGUCUUGCAAUCAAGCCCAACGUGCCAUUUGCUGUUACAAUUGCUUGUCAGGAUGAAAGCCAGCUGAGUGAUUGUUUAGCCUCAGGAACCUCUGAUCCAAAAUGGGACUGAUUGUGUGGCUGAUCUGUCAUCAUGGCAACUGCGUUGUUGCUCACUCUGCCCUAGUGAAAGCUACUCGCAACCUCUUUAAUUCUCUGACAAGACACCAGAACAAAGAUCAGUAAAACAUGAGAGGAAUUCCAUUAAUAAUGCACCUGCUACAUCCUCGGAAUUCACCUCAGAACAAAUUUUAGUCUCCUUCUCGAUCCCAACUCCACAAGUAUUCAGAGCAAAAUUCUGCAAAGUCCACUUUGGAUUGGACUGGACACUUUGCCUGGGCACCUGAAAACGUCUCCCCGACCAGAUCCUGUCCUCUCAACUCUCAAAGCUCUGGUUUGCUGGGGAGGAUAAAGAGAACAUCAAUCCAACUCAGAAGCUCUUACUAAAUUGUGGCUGCAUUAGCAUUAAUCAUCAAAUUCCUACAAUGUGGAAGCAGGCCAUUUGGCCCACUGAAUCCACACUGAUCCUUAGAAGAGCAUUCCACCCAAACCCAUCCCCAAUCCAUUCCUGUAACCCUGCAUUUCCCAUAGUUAAUCCACCAAACUUACACAUCCCUGGACACUAUGGGCAAUUUAGAAUCAUAGAAUCCCUACAGUGUGAAACAGGCCCUUCAGCCCAACAAGUCCACACCGACUCUUGGAGUAUCCCACCCAGACCCAUCCCCCUAGAAGCCACCUAAUCUACACAUCCCUGAACACUACAGGCAAUUUAGCAUGGCCAAUCCACCUAGCCUGCACAUCUUUGGACUAUGGGAGGAAACUGGAGCACCCGGAGGAAACCCACGCAGACACGGAGAGAAUGUGCAAACUCCACACAGACAGUUGCCCGAGGGUGGAAUCAAACCCACGUCCCUGGUGCUGUGAGGCUGCAGUGCUAACCACAGCCACUGUGCUGCCCCCAAUGGCUGGGAGGAAUGUGCUCCCAAUUUUUAAAGAUGUUGACAGUCCAUCGAACUGCAUCAUACUUUGAGUCGAAACACCUUACUAUUGAGGCAAAGUGAGGCAGGAAAGGGUAGAAAAAGAAGUAUAUUCUGCCUCAUGGCACGUCCCUACCCGUGGUGCCCAUUGAUCUGCAGCCUGUGUUUUAGCCUGUCCAGACAUAUGAAGACCCAGGGCACAAACUCACUAUCCUGAGAUGAUACCACCCUUGAAUUGAGAGGCAACCAAUGACGGUGCCACCUGUAUGCCAGGCUUUGUGUUCCUUUCUUGAGCUGCUCCCAGUUUCACAUCAUAUUCUGUUUAACUAUCCUCGUCAGCCAAGUGAACAACUCCACACUUCCCUGCAUUUUGCAGCUGCGCAUUUAUGUUGCCUCUCUGUGAUCUUGAUCCUUUUGCCUUGUUUUGUGUCAUGAGCAAAAUUAGACAGAUUAGACAUCCAAAUCUUACUGCAGAUUGUAAAUAGCGUAUUAGCCAGUUAUGUUGCACAUUUUCAAAAUGCCGCUAAAAAUAAAAAUAUCAGUAGAUUU